GCGCUUCCCGGCGCCGUGGCUGCUGCUGCUGUGGCGGCUGGGCCGCCGCUGCCGCCAGGGCUUCCCGCACCAGCGGGUGGCUCUGCUGCGGCUGCCCCGCCGUCCGCCCCGGGCCUGGGCCUCGACGACGACGGCACUGGUCUGACCCAGGCUGCCGUGCACCUCAGCCUAAACGCCUCCGACAUCGACGUCGACAUCGACGAGGCUGCAGUGGCACCGGGCGCCGCCGUCGCAGCCGCACCGGCGGCCCCGCCGGCAGCGCCCCCGGCGAUGCUGGACACCCAGCUCGUGUCGGACUUCGCGGAGCAGGAGAUCUUGCAGCACUUCGCAUUGGUCCAGGCCGUUCACAACGCUGAGCCGACUCAGCGUGGUGUUCCGGUCACUCUGCCGCGCUCCUGGCAGGACAUGCAGGGCUUGUUGAGGAAGCUCGCCUACGAUCCCGGGACCGCUGAUCCGUGGCGACGGCUCGGCAUGGCCAUGUACGAGGGCCCGGAGCCCACGGCCUCGAGCAUCGCUGCCCGCGCCUGGUCGGCGCAGUUACUGCUAGGGCUUGCGCAGCACGCUGGGUGGCCGGCCUCGGACAUGCAGAACGUCAACGAGUUCGUCCUCGCGGUGAACGCCGCCGAGGCCCGCUGCCUGGAGGAGCUGGGGCCGCUGCUGAGGGAGCGCCGGAAGCUCAAAGCCAGCAAGCUUCCGCUGCAGCGCGAGCUCGGCCCAGUGGCCCUCGCUUUCGUCCGAUCCCUCGCGGUACUCCCGGGGGAGCAGGUGUACACGCAGUGGUCCGACAUCUUGGGCACGCUUGGCGAUCUCUCGGCGGCCCCUGCACAGGUCGUCCGCGAGGCCCGGGAGCUGGCCACUUUGGCUGAGAAGGGCGACGACGUGCGAUUGUGGACUUCGCUGGCGGGACGGGCGGCCGUGUUGUGGGCACCAGAGCAGACCAACGCCCUCACCCGCUGCCUCAAGGGGUUGCUCCGCAUGCCGCCCGAGGGCCGCCCUACUUCCGUCCGUCUAGUGACCACCAUUCCCCUGAUGCCUGGCAUGUCCACGCCGGCGGGGGUGAUGGACCUCUGGUGGCAUCCGCUGCUCGGCGACACAUGGGCACCCCUCGUCCGGGAGAUCACCUUCUCUGCCACCCCGAUGGAAGUGAUCUUGCCUGGGACUGGUGGGCCCCGCCACGUCCGCACGGGACUGGCGGUGUUCACCCUGCGGCAUCUGGGGGAGCGCGCCUUGCCCAAGAUGGUCAACCCGGUAGCGCCGCUUCUGACGCUGAUCGAGGCCCGCACGGUGAUCUUCGACACCCAGGCUACGCACCUCCCCCGACUCCUCAACUGCCUGCUCGGCCUCCAGGGGGUCAUCUGCCAGGACCACAGCAGGAGUGCGCUCAGCACGAAGGAGCGGCCCCGAGUCCAGCUCGAAGCUCUGUUCCCCUCUGACAUGGCGGAUUUGCAGGUUCUCCUCCGGCUGCAGGCGCUCAGGAGGACCGACCUUCCAGCAGACACGUUCUUCGGCCUCAUCUCCAUAUUCGCCGCCGGGGACUCACAGAUCCUCGAGACCACCAGCGGCGCCAACAUCCACCACUACUGGCGCCUAUGCUCGCAGAUGGUCUCC